AACCUGAUUUUACCCUACCUCACCGGGACCAGGCCAGUGUCCAUACAUAGAGCUGGGGCAGCUGACCCUAGGGCGUUGGACCAGAGGCAAGGGAGGAAGAGCCAAAAUCCAGAGCAAGCUCAAAUCCAUUCCCAAGGUAGGAACAGGAGCAGUUUCAUCUAUUAGCCAUGGGGGAGAUGGAACAAUUGCGUCAGGAAGCUGAACAGCUCAAGAAACAGAUUGCGGAUGCCAGGAAAGCCUGUGCUGACACCACCCUGGCAGAGCUUACUUCUGGUCUAGAGGUUGUUGGGAGGAUUCAAAUGCGGACACGCCGGACUCUCCGUGGACACUUGGCCAAGAUCUAUGCCAUGCAUUGGUCUACUGACUCCAAGCUGCUAGUGAGUGCUUCGCAGGAUGGGAAGCUCAUUGUGUGGGAUACCUAUACAACCAACAAGGUCCAUGCCAUCCCUCUUCGUUCCUCAUGGGUCAUGACCUGUGCCUAUGCUCCGUCAGGAAACUUCGUGGCCUGUGGGGGGCUGGACAAUAUGUGCUCCAUCUACAGCCUCAAAUCAAGAGAGGGCAAUGUCAAAGUCAGCCGGGAGCUCUCUGCCCACACAGGUUACCUCUCCUGCUGCCGAUUCUUAAAUGACAACAACAUCGUGACCAGCUCUGGAGACACCACGUGUGCCCUGUGGGACAUUGAGACUGGGCAGCAGAAGAUGGUAUUUCUGGGCCACACAGGAGAUUGCAUGAGCCUGGCUGUUUCUCCCGAUUUCAAACUCUUUAUUUCUGGGGCCUGCGAUGCCAGUGCCAAGCUGUGGGACGUCCGAGAGGGGACUUGCCGCCAAACUUUCACUGGUCAUGAGUCUGACAUCAAUGCUAUCUGUUUCUUCCCCAAUGGUGAAGCAAUAUGCACUGGCUCAGAUGACGCUACCUGUCGUCUCUUCGACUUGCGGGCUGAUCAGGAGCUGAUCACUUACUCGCACGAGAGCAUCAUUUGUGGAAUCACAUCAGUUGCCUUCUCCCGAAGUGGCCGCCUCUUGCUGGCUGGCUACGAUGAUUUCAACUGCAACAUCUGGGACUCCAUGAAGGGCGAACGUGUUGGGACUCUCUCAGGCCAUGACAACAGGGUCAGUUGCCUGGGGGUCACAGCUGAUGGGAUGGCAGUGGCCACAGGCUCCUGGGACAGCUUCCUGAAGAUCUGGAACUGAAGAGGGUGGCAAAAGAUGGGAGAUAAGGGACAGCUUGGAUCUCCGAUGCCCCACAUCCUGCUGAAGAUUGGAACUCACCUGCUACCAUUUCCUCAGUACUUCCCCAUUAGAGGGCAGGUAGGAUUUAGGAAAUGUAGAGAAGAACAUGGCAAGUAGCAAAGCCUAGAUGACCAAAUGGAUCCCCUUCCCUCCUACUGCUAUCAGCGUCCCCCAUAUGUGUAGCCUUUUCCUCCAACCUUCCUCAAUGACCAUUCUGACCCCUACCUAGCCCGUUCCCCUUCCUCUCUAAAUACCCUUCACAGUCUCCAAAGCAAGAUGGCUAGCUCUGACAGAAAGCAAGGACUUAGAAGGCCCUGGAUGCUUCCCCAAAUAGCUUCGGUAACUGCCAUAGAAGCCCAGACCUGGAAGGUAUAACUAGGUGUUACUGGGGUAAACCAGAACCUCACCCUCUUCUCUGUUCCCUGCCUAGAGACCCUCUUUAACCCCUGUUUCCUUUCCUUGUGCCCCUUAUUUUCUAGCUAAGAUUCAAUAAAGGGCAGCCCUAUCGUAUUGCAGUCUUUGUGAACUGACUCACAUUCAUUCUUCUUGUUCAAGGGGCCCAAUAUUCACCCCUCUAAAAAGCUUGAUACACUGCUUUAGGUGACCCAAGAGAAGCCUAGGAUUCUCUUUCCAUCAACCUGGAAGGUUAAAAACUCUAGGACCUGAAGCCUCUUGAAGUUUCCAGAGGCCCAGGAAAGAGAAAGGAAUGAGCUUGGGCAGAACUACAAAAUAGUAGUGAUAGUUCCCAGGCUUUAUUUGAUCUAAAGCAAAAGGCGAAAUGAGGGAGAAAAGGUAUGGCGCUGUUUUAAGAUUCCCCUGGUCAAACUUAGAAUUCUCUACUUAAAGGCUCAGUGGUGGAGAGAGGGAACUAAGGAGGAAAUAUUUGUACCCAUGGCUGCUAGGUAAAGUCUGGAGCUAGAAUAAGUGACAGAAUUGGGGGCCUAGAAUACAAUCAUUAGGCUACUUUGGAGAAGACAGGAAGUAGAAGAAAGUGGGAUUUGUCUCAGGCACUAGGCCCCAAGGUCCUGCUGGGCUAUAGUAUUAUUGGGAGGUCUAGGAUGAAUCCAUAAUAUUGUCUAUGUGAUGACUCCCUCCAGUGGUGCAUAUUAUAACCCAUCUGCAUCUUCUGUGUAACUCUUGUCUAUGUCCUCUCAUAAGGCUUUCAAAGAUGAUCCUACUGACACAAUGGAAGCCUUCCUCUCAUUCUUUUAACAUCCUAUCAGCAAUUAACUAGGCUGUCUGUUAUUCCUUGUUCCUACAUCAUUUGCUAAGCUCCUUUUUUUUUUUUUUAAACACAUUUUGGUAUGUGACCCAUGACCCAGGGCCUUCCAAGCUCUGUACUCACCCAGACCAGGUCAGAUCUUGUAGGUGGGUCCAAAAAAGGUCAUUAUAUCUUUGGCUCAUAUGCCUUUAUCAGAGUUUGCUCUGGGAAAUUCCCAAAUAUGUGUGUGUCUAGGUUUUCACAAACAUGAAUAAUGGGAACAAGCACUCAAGGUAACAAAUAUAUAUUAGGUAGAGGACAGUCUUUAUUUCACCUAACAGAAAGCUGCAGAAGAUAAGACUCAGAACAGCCUAUAAACAAACACAGAAAAUGCAUAAGUCACUCAUAGUAUCCUUUAACCUCAGUGGAGGACACAUUCUGACAAUCUAGUAAAAUAAAUUUCUCCCACAUGGUCUAGUCCCUCCCUGACUGACAGUGGAAGGCUAUGUAGAACUAUAUCUGGAAUACUUUGGCACUGCUGGAUAGGCAACCCCUUUUCCAAUAGACCUUGUUCAAACAAUUCACAUUAAUAAUAGGAAGCAAAGUACAGGCUUUCUCUUCCUUCAUCUUAUAGCUUUAGUCCUUUACUGAUUCCCAGUGGUAGGUAACACAUGAGUAAACCUUUUCC